UUCCGCUAGUCGGAAUACUUGUGAUUACAUUGAACGAUUCCGAAUAACCGAUAACGUCAAUGCAAAUUGUACGGUCAGGCGAACCAGUGCACAGUAGCGCGAGUCGAUACUGCAAUAUAACAUCAAACUAGUGGGGUAUCGACUCCUUCAGUGUACACUGUUCCAAAGAAAAGGCUUAGUUGGUGUUCCUCUAGAGGCGAACCGGUUGGAUUACUCAGAGGAUCUCAUACAAUUCAUAUACAACUAUUCUAAUCCCGCCCAUCAAAGACUUAACUAUCAGACUACGACUAAAAACUUAAAACCUUGGUUGAAGUUAGACACUCUUGUAGCCGUAAGAUUAAGAGUACUUGAAGAGAAAACCCAGAGAACUUUUUCCAAGAUGCCGGCGUUAUAUUAUACAUUGUCUUUAGUGGAGAUAGGAUUGUGUGUAACCGCAGUGGCUUCGGGGCUCGUAGUGUCUUCACUUGUGGGUAGACAAACGGAAGCAUUUGCUGGUGACUGUGUGCUAGGCGGGAAUGUCAUCUGGACAUCACAUACCAACUUUGAGUUGAAUGCAAACGAUCCACCAAGAUGCAUCUUUAUAGUAGGGGUGCAGGGAUUAGCUGCAUGUAUUGGGUUCAUCAAUGCAAUGUACAGAAUAUUCGUACUGUGCUGUGCACGACUUGAUUUAAAAAUAAUAAGGAUAAUUCUUGUUCCAGUGUAUAGCAUCAUGUCUGUACUCAUCUUGGCAGAGGCAGCUAUCUUGUCACAUGGUCUUAACAACGUCUGUGAAGGAUUUAGGUCACUGCAAGUUAGGACCGCAAAUUAUGACUGUGAGUUAUUUCAACAGGUGGAUUGGCACAUUUAUGACGGCUCUGGAUUCUAUGAAGAUUAUUCAAAAGCAGAGCGAGCUGGAUGGGUCUCUUUCCUCACCUGGUGCGCUAUGGUCGGUGUGGGCGUGCUACAUUGUCUGGCUGAGAGACCCGAAAGUGGAUUAGCUCUCCCUAACAACACCAAGUAAACUGACCAUUAGCACUACACAUCACCCAGUAUUUGUUGACUGGCUAAAACGGUCGUUGACGCUGUCAAAAACUUAAUUAAGGGGCGAUGUUUUUCUCUUCAGAAUUCGUCUUGUGUCGUUACGUGGGAAUGUUUUAGCUAACAUACGGAUGAUCAGGGCCAAAUUUCAUAGACCUGCUUAGCACAAAAAUUUGCUUAGCAUGAAAUUUCUUCCUUGAUAAAAACAAGAUUACCAACCAAAUUUCCAUAUGGUGCAUAUAUAUUUCUUGUAACUGGUAUAUAGCUGUUGUUUGCUUAUCCUGAAAAUAAGGUGGAAAUUUGGUUGGUAAUCCUGUUUUUAUCAAGGAAGAAACUGCAUGUUAAGCAAUUUUUUUGUGUUUAGCAGCUCUAUGAAAUUGGGCCCAGGUAUGCGGUAUAAUGUUUUGUUAUAUGAACCAUAGAUGACGAGUGUAGAAGGCAAGACACUAACUCCCUUAGCAAUUAGCAUACAGUCCAAAAUGCUAAAUAUUCAAAAAAUAGUUUUAAAUUAGAUGUCUCACAGCUUUUUACAUUUCUGCUCAAUUUAUGGAUUGUCCCAAGGUCUAGUAAAGUUAGACGAGAGGAACGUUUUAUGAAGAGAGACAAGUGUCUAAGUUGAACUAUUAUAUGAAUAUUAUGAACAGAAUUCAUCUGAACAAAUCAAACACAACAUACUGGUUAAAGGUUUGGCUUGAGAGAUUAUGUUGUUUAUAUUAGACAUUUCGGAUUACUACUGAAUUAGUGUACAAAGCGAAUCGUAAUGCUUGUAUGAUAUACGCGGAUUAAAACAUAUUUAUAAAUUGUAUGUAAUUACUUCUACCAAUUGGCAAGACAAACAAACUUGGUGCAUGUUUUGUUUUAGUGAAACACUCUAAAAGACUUUUCAUGCAGGUUUCAUUAAUAACUUCAUAAUGGGUUUUUUCUUUGUAACUGCUCUGGUUUGUUUGAGCCUACUUGUAAAACACCGGUAGUUAAGAUUGUACCAUCUUGUGUUAUUUCUAUUGUGUAAGAAUAUACAGAUAUGUAGCAUGAAUUCAAAUUUCCACCGAUUCGUCUUUAUGAAACCAUGUAUAAUAAUCCACUUAAUUCACUUAAAUAACCAUUGAUUCACUUAAUAAACGGUGCUUAAUAUAAUUUUUUUUUAUAUAAUAAGAAAACACAAGAAUUUAAAUAGUUUGAAGACUAGAAAGUUUCACUUAAGCCAGUGAUAAUAUUGCUACAUAAAAUUUGAGAAAAUAUGACAAUUAGUAAACAAUUUACAAAGGGAAGAAAUAAAUUCAUUGGACUAUGAUCAUAUUAUGUUUUUUAACAAUUAAAGUUUGUAAUGCUUCUUUAUAUAAGUCAACGCUUCUUCAUUUUUAUAAUCAUCUCACACUGUCCAUCUACAAUCUACAAAAAUGGUAGAGCCAAUUAGCUCAAUAUAAACUGCUUACAAAAAGUAAGGAAACUUUUUUUCAAUCCAGUAUAUUUGUUGUUAUUUAAUAUCCUCUUUGUACAU